AUGUCGACUGCCACUCGCACUUUCGCUCGCGCUCUGCGCACCUCGACCCGGCCUGCGUUCACGGCGGCGCCCCGGGUUGCUUUCCGUCAGGGUGGCCACCGCUUCUACUCGUCGGAGCCCGCCGCGAAGAAGGGUUCGUCGACCUGGCUCUGGCUCGCCGGUGCUGCUGCCGUCGGCGGCGGUGGCUGGUCGUCACCCCCCAAGUUCGAGGACUACCAGGCGGUGUACAACGAGAUUGCGAACCGCUUGGAGGAGAACGACGAGUACGAUGACGGCAGCUACGGCCCCGUCCUGGUCCGCCUCGCCUGGCACGCCAGCGGCACCUAUGAUGCUGCUACCGGUACCGGUGGCAGCAACGGUGCCACCAUGCGCUUCGCCCCCGAGAGCGCCCACGGCGCCAAUGCCGGCCUGAAGGCCGCUCGUGACUUUCUCGAGCCUGUGAAGCAGAAGUUCCCCUGGAUCACCUACUCCGAUCUCUGGAUUCUCGCCGGCGUUUGCUCCAUCCAGGAGAUGCUCGGCCCCAAGAUCCCCUUCCGCGCCGGUCGCCAGGACAAGGACGUUGCCGCCUGCACCCCCGACGGCCGCCUGCCUGACGCCGCCCAGGCCCAGGACCACCUCCGAAACAUCUUCUACCGCAUGGGCUUCAACGACCAGGAGAUCGUUGCCCUGGCUGGUGCCCACGCCCUUGGCCGGUGCCACUCUAACCGCUCCGGCUACUCGGGCCCCUGGACCUUCUCCCCGACCGUCCUGACCAACGACUUCUACAAGCUUCUCCUUGACGAGAAGUGGCAGUACAAGAAGUGGGACGGCCCCAAGCAGUACGAGGACAAGAAGACCAAGUCGCUCAUGAUGCUGCCGGCCGACAUGGCGCUGGUUGAGGACAAGAAGUUCAAGAAGUGGGUCAAGGAGUACGCUGCCGACAACGACCUCUUCUUCAAGGACUUCUCGGCCGUCGUCACCAAGCUCUUCGAGCUGGGCGUGCCCUUCAAGGAGAACACCGAGAAGUGGGUGUUCAAGCCCGUCAACGCCUAA